AUGCGGGGGCUGCUUGUGUUAAGUGUGCUGUUGGUGGCGGUCUUUGCCAAAGAGGACUUUGCGGGGCACCAGGUGCUCCGAAUCUCUGCAGUCAAUGAGGCCCAGGUGCAGAAGGUGAGGGAGCUGGAGGAGCUGGAGCACUUGCAGCUGGACUUUUGGCGAGGCCCGGCGCAGCCUGCCUCCCCCAUUGACGUCCGCGUGCCCUUCCCCAGCCUGCAGUCAGUCAAGGUCUUCCUGGAAAGCCAUGGGAUCCAGUACUUCGCCAUGAUCGAGGAUGUGCAGUCCCUGCUAGACAAUGAGCAGGAGGAGCUGCUUGCCUUCCAGGGCCGGGCACUCUCCACUGACUCCUUUAACUAUGCCACCUACCACACCCUGGAGGAGAUCUACAACUUCAUAGACCUCUUGGUGGCUGAGAACCCACAGCUGGUCAGCAAGAUCCAGAUUGGCAACUCCUACGAAGGUCGUCCCAUUUAUGUGCUGAAGUUCAGCACUGGUGGAAGCAACCGUCCCUCUGUCUGGAUCGACACAGGCAUCCAUUCCCGGGAGUGGGUCACCCAGGCGAGCGGGGUCUGGUUUGCAAAGAAGAUCACACAGGACUAUGGCCAGGAUGAAGCAUUCACAGCCUUUCUUAACAACGUGGACAUCUUCCUGGAGAUCGUCACGAACCCUGAUGGUUUUGCCUUCACCCACACCCAGAAUCGCUUGUGGCGCAAGACUCGAUCCCGCACUUCAGGCUCCUUCUGUGUGGGGGUGGACCCCAAUAGGAACUGGGAUGCUGGUUUCGGGUUGGCCGGGGCCAGCAGCAACCCCUGCUCAGAGACCUACCAUGGCAAGUCUGCUAAUUCCGAAGUGGAGGUCAAGUCCAUUGUGGACUUCGUGAAGGCCCACGGGAACAUCAAGGCCUUCAUUUCCAUCCAUAGCUACUCCCAACUGCUCCUCUACCCCUAUGGCUACAAGACAGAGCCAGCUCCUGACCAGAGCGAGCUGGAUCAGCUGGCCAAGUCUGCGGUGACUGCCCUGACUUCUCUGUAUGGGACCGAGUACGAGUAUGGCAGCAUUAUCCAAACCAUUUAUCAAGCCAGUGGAAGCACUGUUGACUGGACCUAUAACCAGGGUAUCAAGUACUCCUUCACCUUUGAGCUCCGGGACACUGGGCGCUAUGGCUUCCUGCUGCCAGCCUCACAGAUCAUCCCCACCGCCCAGGAGACCUGGCUGGCGCUUCGGGUCAUCAUGGAUUGCACCCAGAGCCACCCAUACUGA